CAGAACGUUGUAGCGUUUGGAUUCAAAUCAGUUGUUGGAAGCAUACAUUUUGAAGCCCACCGAUGCCCCAGUCCUUUAGCCACAUCCAGACGCAUCAGCCUAACUCAUCCAAUGCUCAUUCAAUACAGUAGAAUGCAUUUUCAUUUGUUAUUGAUGUUUAUGUUGACUAUUCAUGUCGUGUCGGGUUCUUCACCUCCAUUGUGGUCGGACGUCACAGAGAGCCAAUGUGUGGCUGAGCCUUGUCUAAAUGGCGGCGUAUGUUCAACGGACGAAGAUGGCAACGCAAUCUGUGACUGUUCGAAUACAGAUUAUCUAGGAGAUAAAUGUGAAGUAGAGAAUGCGUGUUUGCUUGAGCCGUGUUUACACGGCGGCCUGUGUUCGUUAGACGAAGCUUUCAUUGCCACGUGCAACUGUUCACAAACGGAUUAUAUAGGGUCAAAAUGUGAAAUUAAAAUUCCUUGUUUACCAAACCCAUGCCUGAAUAAUGGAGAGUGUUUUUAUGACGCCAUCCAUCUCAACUUCAGUUGUGACUGUCAACAGACGGGCUAUACAGGAAGCAAGUGUGAGAUAGAUGAUCCAUGUUUUAUGAAUCCGUGUUUGAACGGAGGUACCUGUCUUGGAGAUGUUCAUGAGAAUUUUGUUUGCUCUUGUGCGUAUGGAUAUGCUGGUAAUUGGUGUCAGCUUGAGUCCAUUGGCUGUUACAGCGAUAGUCUGGUUGGCCGAAAUAUGUCAAUCAACCCUGGCUUUUUCAAAUUCGAUGAUUGUCAACAGUACUGUCAGGAGAAUGGCUGGUACACAGGAUUGCGUGAUAUGGAAGUCUGCCUAUGUGGUGAAGACCUGCCUCAAACCAAUGUUGAAGAUCGUCUCUGCAACACCACCUGCUUAGGAACAUCGAUGGAAUGUAACAAUUAUUUCUACUACCUAAUGUUCGGCAAAGGUCACAUCAUAUAUAAUUUAGCCAUCGAUUUUGUGGGAGAAGGUCAUAACAUAUCAGAUGCAUCUGCAAUUUCUGGCAACACUGUGUAUACUAUAGGAGUUAAUUUCACUAAUACAACCUACUUCAUGAAUUAUGAUGUUAAUACUGGAGAUGGAUUCAACUGGAAAAGAUCAAAAGAUUCACCUGUAAAGCAUGCAUUUCCAUAUCCAGGUAACUACAUAGUCUCGGUUACAGCUAGAGGUGUUAGUGGUAGAACCUAUCCUCUUAUUCAGAAAAUAAAAGUAUUAUAUGCAGUUGAGAUUUCAUCACCACUGGAAUGUGAUAUGCCUGUCGGUAUGGAUAUAACUUGCAGAUUUGAACUAAGUACUGGAAGCGAUGUCGUUGCCAAAAUCAAUUUUCAUGAUGGUGAUUAUGCCACAUUUGAUAUUGAUUGCCCAACUGCGACGUACGGAUCGAGUGCUAAUACUCCUGACUUCGAGCUGUCUUGGGAAUAUCCACAAGCCCGAUAUAUUAAGUACAAUGAAAUCAUAAAGGAGAAGGGACGCCUAGUUGGCUGGGAAUUAUACAUACUAUCACCUGGCAAUGUAAUGCUUGAGGUUUAUCGCCCUCCGAUUAACAACAUCGCCAAUUUAACAGAAAGUAUCGGGAGCACAGUAAAGAAAACAUGUGGGAAAUCUUACAACUUCUACAAAAGAAAAUGCACAACGGGAAAAAACACAUUUGCAGAUGACGUUUACUUUCCGUCCGCGCCUAAUGUUACUCUACAUGUUGUGCAUGCAGAUAUAUAUUACUUUAAUAAAAGUGGAAAACAUUAUUUUCGACUAGACAGACCUUUCAAGGUGGCUGAAGGCGAUAUCAUAGGUUGGCAUUACAUCAAGAGUGGCGUCAUUGCUCAGACCCCAGGAUUAGCAGGACCAGAGUUUGUCAGGCCAACUCCAUUAGAUGAGAGUGAAUAUAUAUCGGAAAUUCAUCCAGACACAAUAGUAUCUACUACUAAUAAUAGUCACAUGAUUCGGGCAGUAAUUGUGAGACCUAGCGUGGUAGCGGUCGAGCACCGGUGUAAAUAUAUUAACUUGGAUAACACCAGUUACUAUUGUGCUGUCGAAAUAAACUUAUUAAAUGAUGUUUCAAGUGCUCGAAUGUUUGAAUACUUGCGAAUAGCGCCCCCAGUGAGAAAUGUGACUAUUAAUGGUACUAAUGUUGCUAGAACUUUAGAAGUAUUUUCUUUAUCGGUUUUGGAUCAUCCUGGAAUGGAGUUGCGAUACUGUUCCAGAGACUGUAUUAACAGUACAUACGACAAUAUGACGAUAGUUGAAGAAUGUGUUUUAGACCCGUGGGAUAUUUGCAUAAUAACAUCUGUUGAAGACCAGGUGUUCUACGAUUGGGACUUUAAGAAUGACAAUGAAACUGUCACCAGAAAUAAAGAGGCACAUUCGUGGUACUCUUUUACGGGAACCUAUAACAUAACGCUACGAGCGUAUAAUAAUAACACCGAAGCAUCUACCAGUUUUAUGUUUGAAGUUCAAGAAGAUAUUGCCAAUAUCACAUUUCAACAAGCAACUCCACAGCCCAAAUUUAACACAUACCCUAUUGCAGUAACGAAUAUCAGUCAAGCUGCACAUGCCAAAUGGACUCUAAACGGAACAAAACCUAUUAUAAACAUUGCUAUUGGGACAGAAGACAGAUUUAACUUUACUGUCAAUCCAGGAGAAACGGUAUCAUUUGACAAGAUUUCGGCAGACGGGAGAAAUUACUCAAACGUUAUUGCAUCAAAUAAAGGUUUGUGUCGAAAUCCUCUGGGAUUGCAGUCUUCAAUUACAGUAAAUGAUUCCCAGUUUGAGGCAUCAUCAACGCUGAUGUCAACAAACGCCACGUUUUAUCCUUACUUGGCGCGGCUUCAUAACCCUAUCGGUGCUUGGCUUCCAAAUAGUACAGAACGUGAUCAAUGGAUCCAGGUUGACCUGAAGACGUUGUUUGUUGUCACGGGUAUAGUAACUCAAGGUGUUGACUCCGUAAUCAGUGGAUGGAUAGAUAAUUUCACUAUAUCAUAUAGCCUUGAUGGUUGCAGUUGGAUUUUCGAAUCUGAUAACCAUAAGCAAUAUAUUGCCAAUUGGGAUGGACAUACACCAGUGACGAACAUUUUUGACAACCCGCUUAUUGCCAGAUUUAUACGAGUAAUUGUUGUUGAACAAUUCAGACAAGUUGCACUCAGAUUUGAACUUCUUGGAUGCAAAUCUGGUGAAAUUUGUUUACAUCAGUUGGGAAUAGAAAAUGGUGAAAUCGCUGACGAACAGAUUACGAUAUCAACCGAGAGCGAUGUGAUGUUUAAACCAUCAUUUGCUCGACUGACAAAGACUGAUAAGGAAAAUCCAGGUGGUUGGUGUCCAAAUAUUACUGACGUAGUCAAUAACUGGAUAGAAGUAGAUUUCAGAAGAUUUACAACAGUUACUGGCGUAAUUAUUCAGGGUAGUUACAGAAAUGCAUCACACGGAUUAUCAAAGUUUUAUCUCGGUUACAGUCAAGACGCAAUCUCAUGGACCAAUACUACAAAGAUCUUUUCGGAAGAGAAUUUAAGCAAAUCUCAAAAACGGUUAAUGCUUGAAGAAGCGAUCUUCACAAGAUUUAUACGCCUGCACGUUGUUACUCUAAGUCAGCUCUGUGUACGCUUCGACUUUCUAGGAUGCAAAGACUCUAGGUUGUGUCACGAGCCAUUGGGUUUAGAAAGUGGUGCUGUACCAGACAGUAAGAUCACUGCGUCAUCAUUCUACCCGGGGUUCCCUACUCUUUAUGCACGGCCAAACAAUGGUUAUGAUUGGCGGGCAUAUUCUACAAAAGAGCAAUGGCUAAUGGUUGAAUUUAGUAAAAAGGUCGUUGUUACUGGCGUAAUAACAAUAAUCGAACAAGUGAAUUCCUAUUAUGUAAGCAAAUUCAAAGUGGCUUUCAGUUCUGACAUUCGGAGUUGGACAUUUAUGAAAGAUCAAAAUGGCGACGAUAAGAUAUUUGAUGGAAAUGUUGAUCGAAUAAGGCAGGUAAAAACAAUAUUUGAAUAUGCCGUGGUGGCUAAAUCUGCGCGUAUAUACCCCACCGAAUCUUCGCCUUUUCCAGCUCUUACAAUUGAAUGGCUAGGUUGUUACGAAUCAGGUGAUAUUUAUUUGACAUCGUCCGAUGCUACAGAUGUACAAAUCAACAUAGAGUACUUCAAUCUGCUCAACAGCGUUCUCGUGUCGGCAAAUGCGUCUUUUGUUGAGGAAAUUUCAGAUUUUGAAAUAGAGCCUCAACAGUAUAUUGGAUAUGGAUACGAUGGAGUCAUACAAGGCACUCUUUCAUCUGGUUCUCAUUUAAAAUUUGAAGUGAAGAUGGACGGAGUAAAUUUAACUUCCUAUCUAAAUGAAGAUUACCUCCUUACACAGACGCUUGCUAUUACGUUUACGCCAAACUGGACAUCAUUGGAAGGACUUAAGAACUUUUCUGUAAUAGUUACUAUUGAUAAUGUCAUCAGCUAUCCUGUAUCCCUGUCUCUUAUACACAUCUAG